CCUCGGGACGCGGCAGGUCAUUAAAGAGAGACAGAACUGGGAGUGAUCUCUAAUGGCUAUGUCCCAAAACGGUUUUAAUUCUUAGGCAGUAAGUGAGACGUCCUGCACCCGUUUCUCUCUUCUUGACUGAGUUUUUUCGGUUGCUGUAAUUCUGCCUCAUCCGAUCUCAUCUAACAGCUGUCUGGCCGUUGUCAGGGAUACUUCCCCACAGAGACGCACGCUCAAAAGGCAGGGGAGGGUUGUGCAGGAGAGGAGACCCUCACCUGGAUCUGGAUGGAGGGACGAGAGGAGAUGAAGGGGGAAAGAAUGCAGCGACAAGAGAAGAAGGAAGGUUUCCUGUGCAGGUGCAUGUGAAGUCAAAAACCAAAGAAGGGAAGAAGAAGGAAGAGUUUAAUGAAGUUAAGAUUAACCUUAAAGUGCAUAACCUGUGUGACCUCUGAAGCUGCAGGAUGGGCUUUGAUCUGGAGAGGUUUGUGGGCUACGUCAAUGAGGGUCUGCUCUGCUGUGUGUGUCGAGACGUGCUGGAGCGCCCCCUCCAGGCACCAUGUGAACAUGCUUACUGCAGUGCCUGCAUCAGCAGCUGGCUGCUCCAUCACCAUUCCUGUCCUGAAGACAGGCUUCCCCUGGAUGUGAGCAGCCUCAGACCUCUGUACAGGUACAUGCGCAACGACCUGAACCGGCUGCAGAUCCGCUGCGUGAACGCAGGGCAGGGGUGCGAGGUGGUCUGCUCCCUUGAGAGCCUCCACUCACAUGAGGAUGAGUGCGAGUUUGCCUUCAUCGCCUGCUCCAACACAGGUUGCCCGGUGCAGGUGGAGAGGCGAGGUUUGGAGGCCCACCUGUCCGAAUGCAACUUCCGCAGCAGAGAGUGUCCCAUCGGCUGUGGUCACACUCUCCACUCCAUCGAUCAAUCACAGCACAACUGUGUGGCAGAGCUGCGCUUGGAGGUGGACAUGAUGAGGGCGGAGAUGCUGUGCAAGGUGGAGGAGGUGAGACGAGAGAUGGAGUCUCGGCUGGACUCCCAGAGGAGACACAUGGUGCAGAAAGAGUCGCAGCUGAAGAGUGAAGUGGAGGAGCUCAAGGGUCAGUUGUCCCGUGUGAUGUGCGACAUGCGUGCCCUGCUGGGAGCAGAGCGUCUGAGGAGGCAGGAACUGGCAGAGGCAGAGCUGGAGAAGAGAGAGCUGCUGGAGCUCCUCAGAGACAUCCAGCCGACCAGGAGUCAGCCUCCCGCCGAGCAGGCAGCCAGGGAUGCAGGAGACCAGCAGUCAUCCACCUGGGAAGUUCACACAGAUCCACCUCGACACCAGCAGAGGGAGGCCUCAUUGCACGCCUCCUGCCUGUCUCUGCACUCAGCUCAGGCUCCCUGUGCUGCAGGCCCUCCCGCUUCGCCUCAGCCUGGGGAAGGAGUCCGUAAAGGCGGCACCCGGAGUCUGACCCUGGACUGCAUCAAGAAGAAGAGCCGCGAGGUGACAGUCAUCUGAACCCACCGGAGUCUUUUUUAUUUGCAAGUUCCAACAAUUAUAUAGAAAUCAAACUACACUGUUUUUGUACUGAACACUAGUUUUAAAUUAUUGUUUAAAACAAACCUAUUUACUUUGACAUAUUGUUACUUUGUCUUCAUACCUCUAUUCCGACAGGGACUGGAAGUGGAACAUCCAUAUUGGAACAAUUUAUUCAGUUUAUUUUAAGUUUAAAAGAUUAUUAAUCAUGUCAAAGUGUAACAAUUUGGUAAGAAAAAAGAAAAUUCAAAUGUGAUGAAUUAAUCACAAUACAGCUGAUGUAUUUUUCAGUUUGAGUAAAACUACAAUAACAGUGGAUGAUGUAGAAAAUCCUUGGUUAUUCAUUGUAAGAAAACGGAUAUGAACUUAUGGAACAAUACUGAGAAUGAUUUAUUGUUUUAUGUUUGGUUCAUAAACUACCUAGGAAUGUUCAUUCGUAUUUAUUCAGUUGUACUUUAAGUCAUCUCAGGAAAGGAGUGAGCUUAAUCCAUGUUAAUCCAGCAUAGACAGACAUUUGAGUUUGUAGCCUAUGCUUUCGCGAGCAUUUUGAGAGCAAAUUAGUCAAAUAAAGCUGAAUGAAAUGCAG